AUGAGUAGUACGCAAGACAGUCGGACUCAACCAAAGAUUGACCUGAAUAAGGUUCCACCUAUCGACCACCACCGAACUGCUGUCACCUUCAACUGCUUGAUAUUGAAAAUGACCGAGAUUCUUAACAACUUUGGUAAUCGUAUGGAAGAUGUUCUCGAGCGAGCCGAGCAUUCGCUUGAUACAGCUGAUCAAAGGCUUCGGCUGAUGGAGGCGAAGCUAUCUGCAAUGAAAUUAGAAGAAGAAAAUUUAGAGCAUUCCCAGAAAGAGUUGAAAGUAACACCACCAGAAGUUAUUGAUAAGAAAGAAGCAGAAGUAGCUUCCAUCGAAUAUGUGCCCCUACACACAUCGAACCCCUCUAGCAGUACCGAGAAGAAUAAAUCUAUAGUGACUGAGUGUAGCAGCUCCGUAAUUCUAAUCAAAGAUGAUCCAUUAUACUCCAAAUAUUUCAAAAUGCUGAAAAUGGGUGUUCCUGAAGCUGGAGUCAUCCAAAAGAUGGAGUCGGAGGGAAUCGAUCCUUCAAUUUUGCAUCGCGGCUCUGACCCUUCUCCGUCACAAGCACCGGCAGGUUCUGGAUAUGAAUCAUCAGGAGAAUCCGUGUCGUCGUUCUCAGAUUCUGAUUAA